AUGGCCGAGGAUAACAUUAAUAAUGGCAAUAAUGCCAUUAAUAUGGUUCCCGAAGCAAAUAGAGCAUUGCGAGAUUAUGUUAUUCCUCUGUUGCAAGGUUUACACCAAAGCAUUAUGAGACCUUCCAUCAAUGCGAAUAAUUUCGAAAUUAAAUCAGCUUACAUUCAAAUGAUCCAGUAUUCAGUCCAAUUUAGUGGGUUACCCACCGAUGAUCCUAAUGCUCAUUUGAUAAAUUUCUUGGAGAUUUAUGAUACCUUUAAAUACAAUGGUGUAACUAACGAUGCUAUUAGAUUGAGACUGUUUCCAUUCUCUCUGCGAGAUAAACCUGUAAAGACUGCAAAGUUGAGGAACGAUAUCACCUCAUUCACACAAUUUGAUGGUGAGUCCUUGUAUGAAGCUUGGGAGAGAUUUAAAAAACUAUUGCGAAGAUGUCCACAUCAUGGGAUUCCUAAUUGGUUGCAAGUUCAAACAUUCUAUAAUGGGUUGGUUGGGUCAAUUAAAACCACAAUUGAUGCUGCUGCUGGAGGGGCAUUGAUGAGUAAGAAUGUUGCAGAUGCUUAUAAUUUGUUGGAAGAGAUGGCUUCAAAUAAUUAUCAAUGGCCUUCAGAAAGGUUGGGUUCGAGAAAAGCUGUUGGAGCCUAUGAAAUUGAUGCAAUUGGCAACUUAGCUGCGCAAGUGGCUGCAUUAUCCAAGAAAAUUGACACAUUGGGAGUCUAUGUAGUUCAAAAUUCAUGUGUAGUUGGUGAAAAUUAUGGAGAUGGCCAUUCAAGUGAUCAAUGUUCAUACGAUUCUGCAUCAGUCCAAUUUGUGGGGAACUUCAACAAGCAGCAGAAUAACCCAUACUCUAAUACAUACAAUCCUGGUUGGAGAAACCACCCAAACUUUUCAUGGAACAACAAUACAGGGCCUUCCAAUUCAAACCCCAACGUGCCUCCUGGUUUUCAACAACAAUCUAGACCACCAAUUCCUGAAAAGAAGUCCCAAGUGGAAGAACUUAUCUUGCAAUAUAUGUCGAAAACUGAUCCCAUAAUUCAGAGCUAUGGAGCCUCCUUGAGAAAUCUUGAGACCCAAAUGGGACAACUUGCAAACUCCAUCAACAGUAGACCCCAAGGUGCCUUACCAAGUGAUAUAGAAGUCAAUCCUAAAGGUAAGGAACCUUGUAAUGCAGUUACACUUAGGAGUGGAAAAGAAGUCGGAAGGGUGAAUGAAAAAUCAAUUGAAUCUUCAAAGGAGCAUAUAGAUGAUGACAAGGCAAUUGUUGAGAAAGAAGUUAAAGAGGAAAAGACAGAUAAUGGGCAAGCUAAAAAUCAAGGGAAUUUUGAAGCAAAUUAUCCUCCACCACCAUUCUCAUAA